AUGUCUGCCUCCGACGACGAGUUCGCCCUUCCCGAGGCCUUCUCGGGCCGGCGCUCUGACCUCGGCACCUUCCUCGCCUCCCUCGACGAGUGCUUCGAACGCGAGCCGAGCACCUUCUCCUCCGACAGCGCCAAGGUCAUCUUCGCGACCGGCCACCUCCGCGGCACGGCACUCAAGUGGGCGAUGGCACACCCCGACGCGUCGGGGGGCACCUUUGACAAGUUUGUCGAGGACCUGCAGGCUCGUUUCGGCAACCCGGACCCAAAGGAGACGGCGUUCUCGCAGCUCAAGAAGCUCAAGCAGCAUGGCAGUGCACGGUCUUACCGCGACCGCUUCGUCAAGUAUGCCGAGCAGUGCGAGGAAAAGUUUGAGAAGGACCCCGCGUCAAAGAACAAGUGGUUCUACCGCGGCCUCAAGGACGAUGUCAAGGACGCACUGAUGACGACCAACUGGGAGUGGAAGAUGGCGUUUGACAAGCUCGCCGACGAGGUCAUCAAGAUUGACGAGAAGCUCCGCCCGGCCCACCUCAACGAGCAGGAGAACCGCUACGGCCAGGACAAGUAG